GGGGAGGAGUUUCCAUCGCUAUUUUGGCGGGUCACGUACGGACCCUUUCCUUUACCAAGAUGGCGGCAAGUCUCUCGUAUUUGGCAUAGCUGUGUUGUGAGCCCAUACGAGAAGCUGGCAGGCUGACAAACAGGCAGUUCACUGGACGGACUUUCUGGCUACUGACCAUUUAGCUGUGGCAUACCCGGAUUGUGUGUGGGUGGGAAGUCGACCAUGAGCUCUGUGGCAGUUUUGACCCAGGAAAGUUUUGCUGAACAUCGCAGCGGGCUUGCUCAGCAGCAGGUGAAAGUUGCAGCUUUAAAUGCCGAAGAAGAAAAUGACCCUCCAACUUACAAGGAUGCCUUCCCCCCUCUUCCUGAGAAAGCAGUGUGCUUGGAGCCAGCCCAGGAACCUGCUGGUGCCUGGAGCAAAAUCCGACCAAUCAAGGCUUCUGUCAUAACUCAGGUGUUCCAUGUGCCACUGGAAGAGAGGAAAUACAAAGACAUGAACCAGUUUGGAGAAGGGGAACAGGCUAAAAUCUGCUUGGACAUCAUGCAGAGAACGGGGGCUCACCUGGAGCUGUCUCUUGCAAAGGAUCAGGGACUCUCAAUCAUGGUCUCUGGCAAGCUGGAAGCAGUGAUGAAGGCGCGGAAGGAGAUAGUUGCUCGGCUUCAAACACAGGCUUCGGCAACAGUGCCUAUUCCCAAGGAGCAUCACCGUUUUGUCAUUGGCAAAAACGGAGAGAAGUUGCAGGACCUGGAGCUCAAAACUGCCACUAAGAUCCAGAUCCCCCGCCCGGAUGACCUCAGCAACCAGAUCAAGAUCACCGGCACCAAAGAAGGGAUUGAGAAGGCUCGUCACGAGAUCGUGCUGAUCUCUGCUGAACAGGAUAAACGUGCAGUAGAGAGGCUUGAGGUGGAGAAGGUGUACCAUCCUUUCAUUGCUGGCCCUUUCAACAAGCUGGUGAGCGAAAUCAUGCAGGAGACAGGGACGCGCAUCAACAUCCCCCCUCCCAGCGUCAACAGGACAGAGAUAGUCUUCACUGGAGAGAAGGAGCAGCUGGCCCAAGCAGUGGCUCGUGUGAAGAAGAUCUAUGAGGAGAAGAAAAAGAAGACUACCACUAUUGCUGUGGAGGUGAAGAAGUCCCAGCACAAGUAUGUCAUCGGCCCCAAAGGGAACUCCCUGCAGGAGAUCUUGGAAAAAACUGGAGUCUCGGUCGAAAUCCCACCCACUGACAGCAGCUCGGAGACUGUGAUACUGCGCGGCGAACCUGAAAAGCUUGGGCAGGCGCUGACUGAGGUCUAUGCCAAGGCCAACAGUUUCACAGUCUCCUCUGUCUCUGCCCCCUCUUGGCUUCAUCGUUUCAUCAUUGGAAAGAAAGGGCAAAACUUGGCCAAAAUUACCCAACAGAUGCCAAAGGUUCAUAUAGAGUUCACUGAAGGCGAGGAUAAAAUAACCCUGGAGGGACCCACAGAGGAUGUCAACAUGGCUCAAGAACAGAUUGAGAGCAUGGUCAAAGAUCUGAUCAACCGAAUGGAUUAUGCAGAAAUCAGCAUUGACCACAAGUUUCACAGGCACCUUAUUGGAAAGAGUGGAGCCAACAUCAACAGGAUUAAGGAUCAGUACAAAGUGUCUGUGCGAAUCCCUCCAGACAAUGAGAAGAGCAACCUAAUCCGAAUUGAAGGAGACCCUCAGGGAGUUCAAGAGGCCAAGAGAGAGCUGCUGGAACUUGCAUCACGUAUGGAAAAUGAACGCACUAAGGAUCUGAUCAUUGAUCAAAAAUUCCAUAGAACUAUCAUUGGGCAGAAGGGUGAACGGAUUCGGGAUACUCGAGACAAAUUCCCAGAGGUUAUCAUCAACUUCCCAGAUCCAUCACAUAAGAGUGAUAUUGUCCAGCUUAGGGGACCCAAGAACGAAGUGGAAAAAUGCUCAAAGUACAUGCAGAAGAUGGUGGCAGAUUUGGUUGAAAACAGCUAUUCUAUUUCUGUUCCCAUCUUCAAACAAUUCCACAAGAAUAUCAUUGGGAAAGGCGGCGCAAAUAUCAAAAAGAUCCGUGAGGAAUGCAACACUAAGAUUGAUCUCCCAGCAGAGAACAGCAAUUCAGAGACCAUUAUCAUCACGGGAAAAAGAGCCAACUGUGAAGCUGCUCGCAACCGGAUCCUAUCCAUCCAAAAAGACUUGGCUAACAUUGCUGAGAUGGAGGUCUCUAUCCCUUCCAAGCUGCACAAUUCACUAAUCGGUGCCAAAGGUCGUUUCAUCCGCUCCAUUAUGGAGGAGUGCGGUGGGGUUCACAUCCACUUUCCCACGGAAGGCUCGGGGAGUGAUACUGUCACCAUCAGGGGUCCUGCCCAGGAUGUCGAGAAGGCCAAGAAACAGCUACUUCAAUUGGCAGAGGAGAAGCAAACCAAAAGCUUUACUGUAGACUUGCGCGCCAAGCCAGAGUAUCACAAGUUCCUGAUUGGCAAAGGAGGUGGCAACAUUCGCAAGGUGCGCGACCACACAGGAGCUCGCAUCAUCUUCCCUACUUCAGAGGACAAAGACCAGGAGCUGAUAACUAUUAUGGGAACGGAGGAAGCGGUCAAGGACGCUCAGAAGGAGCUGGAGGUGCUCAUCAAGAACUUGGACAACGUAGUCGAAGAUUCCAUGACCGUGGACCCUAAGCAUCACCGGCAUUUUGUCAUCCGGAAAGGGCAGGUACUACGGACCAUUGCGGAGGAGUAUGGGGGUGUGAUGGUGAGCUUUCCCCGUCCUGGCACGCAGAGUGAUAAGGUCACCCUUAAAGGAGCAAAGGACUGUGUAGAAGCAGCGAAGAAACGCAUCCAGGAGAUCAUUGAUGACUUGGAAGCUCAGGUGACAAUAGAAUGUACCAUUCUUCAGAAGUAUCACCGCUCUAUUAUGGGCCCCAAAGGUUCCAGGAUCCAGCAGAUCACCCGUGACUAUGGUGUUCAGAUCAAAUUCCCAGACCGGGAGGAGAACACAGCUCCUACCGCAGAGUUAGCAGUGCAGGAGAAUGGUAAAGAAAGCAAUGAAGGGAAAGAGUCCAAAGAAGCUGAUCCUGGCUCGCCAAAGAAAUGUGACACCAUCAUCAUCUCUGGCCGUCGAGAGAAAUGUGAGGCGGCCAAAGAGGCCCUGCAGGCUCUGGUUCCUGUUACCAUUGAAGUAGAAGUGCCCUUUGACCUUCAUCGUUUUAUCAUUGGUCAGAAGGGUGUUGGGAUCCGGAAAAUGAUGGAUGAAUUUGAGGUAAAUAUCCAAGUUCCUGCUCCAGAGCUUCAGUCCGAUAUCAUCUCUAUAAGUGGGCUUGCUUUUAACCUUGACCGUGCCAAGGCCAGACUACUGGAGAGAGUGAAGGAGCUUCAAGCAGAGCAAGAAGAUCGGGCCUUGAGGAACUUUAAGUUGACAGUUGCUGUGGACCCCAAAUACCACCCUAAGAUCAUCGGCCGAAAAGGUGCUGUGAUCACCCAAAUCCGCACAGAGCAUGAUGUGACCAUACAAUUUCCAGACAAGGAUGAUGAAUCCCAGGCCCAGGAUCAGAUCACCAUCACUGGCUAUGAGAGGAAUGCUGAGGCUGCCAGAGAUGCCAUCAUGAAGAUAGUUGGUGAACUGGAGCAGAUGGUCUCGGAAGACAUCACUCUGGACCAUCGUGUUCAUGCCAGAAUUAUUGGUGCACGUGGUAAAGCCAUUCGCAAGAUCAUGGAUGAAUUCAAGGUGGAUAUCCGUUUCCCUCAGAGUGGAGCUGCUGACCCCAACUGUGUGACUGUGACUGGACUUCCUGACAACGUAGAGGAAGCGAUUGAUCACAUCUUGAACCUGGAAGAGGAAUAUCUGGCUGAUGUUGUAGACAAUGAGGCGAUGCAAGUCUACAUGAAACCCUCUUCUCAUGAAGAAGCGAAGGCUACAUCAAAGGGAUUUGUGGUCAGAGAUGCCCCUUGGACAGCAGGCAACACUGAGAAGGCUCCUGACAUGACCAGUUCUGAAGAUUUCCCUAGCUUUGGAGCUCAGGUGGCCCCCAAGACCCUCCCUUGGGGUCCCAAGCGGUAAUGACUUGGAAAUAACUUGUCCAGCCACCUGCCUCAAGGUGCCCUUUCUGAAUUCUGACCUAGUGGCUGGAUCUAGUACAAAUUGCCCAUGGGGGGGUUGGGUCUCUUAAUGAAACUAGAGUGCUACCCCUUUUGAGAUUCUCUGUUUCUGUGUUUAAGCCUAA